AAUGUUUCUUGAGACGCCAGAAAGGCCGAAGCGAACCCUGCGCUAUGUGGAAGAAGCUUUUGAGCAAGUGAAGUCAAGGAAAAAUGUUCGGGAUGUGGUGAUUCUCAACGACUCAGGACAUCCGGUGAAAAGUACGAUGCAUACUGAAGACGCUGUUCACUUUUCGGGACUCUUUCAGACCAUUCGAGGAAGAUUGGAGCGAGGAAUGGCCAAAAUAGAUCCCACAGAUGAACUUCUCAUGCUGAGGGUUCGCACAAAAACCAACGAGGUUCUUUUAGUGCCGGACUCCAAAAUUACAGUUCUUGUUGUUCAAAAUGCGCAAGAUAAUUUUGAAAAUGGAAAAUAA